UUCACAGUGUUAAACGGCCCACAAAGGCCAGGCGUGUGCCUUGGAGGCCGCGCUGCCAUCUGGCCCGCACUCGGGGAGGGAACGCGCCUUUCAUCCGGCCAGGCUGGGACUUAACAGCAUUCAUUUCAUAUUUCCCACAACUCAAAAUUGGAUCAAAGCUGCUCCCCGCCAAAGGGGACGGCGAAGAGGUGGGGAGGAGCAGCCCCCUGGCCCCCUCUCCCCAACCCUCACCUCCACGCCAGCCCGCUGCGGGUGGGCACGCGGGCAGCUGGGGGUGGGGUGGGGGCUGGACCACGUCUCCUGGCACGUGUCUUACUUGGGCUGAGAGCUGGCUUGGGGGAAGCGGCCAGGGCAGGACACACGCCCCAGCCAACUGCCCCCUCCGCAGCUGGGGGCAGGGGGACAGGCCUGGUCUGCCUGCUUCCCUUGGUUCUGGGCAGACACCUGCCCCCCCACCGCCACUGCCAGCAGCCGGACGGGCAGGCACACGCGUGCUCAGGUUCGUUUCCUGCCAGUGGGGCCUGCCCCUUGUCCUGCCUUCCCUCCGCCUCGGCCAGAGCACCUCCUGAGUGCAGGUGUGGGGCUGGCAGGGUGUGGGCGACAGGGAAACUGGCACCUAAGUCAUCCUGCCCUCCCCUCCAGAGCCCACCCACACGCAGGUGAGGGACCCGCCAAAAUGUGCCAGCUGCCCAGCACCAGCCCCACUCUGGCUGCAAAAAUGGCUCCACUGAGCAUCACUGGGUCCCCCUUGCUACCUGUGGGACCUGCCAGCCACUGUCAACACCUGGGGCUGUAGAGCAGAAGGCGGGGCAGGCCCCUCCCCAGUUUGCCCAGGUGCCCUCUGCUCUUUUGCUCCAAAUGAGGGCUAGAUAUCUGUCGUGGGGUCGCAUCUGCUCAGAGAGAACCCCAGGCUCAGGGGGAGCCUACUCAAGACCUCAGUGUCACUUGCCUCCCACAGCCAGCCUGGGGCCUGUGUUCCCUUCAAGAGAGAUGCUUGGGGGGGGGGGGAGCAGGUACCAAAGGGUGAACAGGGGCUGCCUUCCAUCCCCUUCCAGAGUCACCUGAAAGUUCCACCUCAGGAGCCCCCCAGGCCUCGCCCACCCCAGCAGGUGGCCGGCUGGCUCGGGGGCUGCCUUGCACUGGCUCCAAGCCACGCCUGCCCUGGCACCUUCCUCCUGCUUCCCUACGGACCCCUCUCUGGGUGACCCAAGGUUCCCUGUGCUUCAGACUUCUUGAGCAGGCCCACCAAACAGGCCGCUCAUCACCAUGAGUCACUGCCAAGCCUCUUGUUAAGGCCCUUCAAUUCCCAGCCAUGCUCAGAUGUGGCUGUCGGCCAGGGAACUGCACUCCUGGAUUUUACCUCUGAUUAAAGAACCCUGAUGCCAGCUGCUGGGUCCCCUGGCUGAAGCCCUGCCUGCCCCUUGAACCUGGCUGUGUUCCGCCCUGCUCCUAGAAGUUGUCCCAUCUCCAUCCCCCUACCUCUAUCCUGGCAGAACUAGAUUCCUGGCUGCAGAGAAUCAGAGGAAAGUGUUCCGGGUGGCGGUGGGGGGCUCCCAGCAGGCCCUCCCCUAGGGACCCAGGGUGGCGCUCAUGGCCCCCAAGCAUCCACUGGCCUCAGCUGGGCUGUCUAGGUACCAGGACCAUCAGUUCUUCCAGUGGGUCCCUAGGGGGUUGUCUGAGCUGGUACAGUAUUUGUAUGGGCUCCUGGCAGGAGCCUCACGUCUGCCCCCAUGGUACUCCCUUCUCCACCACCAGCAAACUGCCUAAGGACAGGAAACCCUGUAAGUGCCCACAGGGCUGUGCGGAGGGCAGCAUGCAGCCGAGGCUUCCCCCCAGUCAUGCAGGAGCAGUGACCACACACCUGUAUCCAGCAUGUCCGAAGCCACACGCUCUUGCAUGCUCCACAGACGGCCAUGGUUGGACUCCCACCCAGAUUGGGGUGGGGUGGGGCCCUGGAAGGUUCAGAGCUCCCCAGAUGCUACAGUCUGAUAAACUGCUGCUGGAGGAUGGGGUGCAGUGGCUCCUGGGGGGACUGCCUAGGUGCCAGGCUCCAUGCUGGGCAUUUCAGGCACCCUGGCUCCCUAAAACUGCCCAAAGCCCAGCCAGGGAGGCACAGCAGGCAGUCCAUUUUCUAGCUCUGAAGCCACGUGUCCCAGGUGACAGCUUGGGGACUUAAUACAUAUGCCAGCAGGUCUGAGCCUAAGAGCCUGGGCCCCUCUUCCACUUGUGCAGAGGGAGCUGGCUAUGCCUGCUCGGGUGAAGUGUGGCCUCCCCCUGUCCCCUCCCUCUCCGCCCCAGAGAGGAGGGGAGCCGCAGGUCCAACAGGGAGGGUGCGUGGCCCCUGGAAGCUGCUGCUCUUGUGCAUUCUAAAGCUUUUCCCUUAUCUGCUCGCUCGUGGCCUCUGCCAGCCAGCAGCGGGGAGUCGCUGGGGAGGGGGGAGAAGGGAGAGAAAAGGGGAGGGGAGGGGCGCCGCUCCUUCCUGCCCCCACCCGCGUCCCCGCGGCCUGGGAAAAGGCAGCAUAUUGAGGCGCGGGGCUCCCAGCAUCAGGCCCCGGGAUGCUAAUGAGGGCGAGCGCGUUCCCACAGCCCGGACAUUGUGCCGCGCGGCCCACCUGCUCCUCGGGGAGCGCCCAUUGUGCCCGCGCCAAUUCACAGGCAAUUUAGCGUGCGCUAAUGGGCCGGCGCCUUUGUGCGGCCCGCGCCGUCAUUGGCCGCCGAGUGUGGGAACGGCCGCGGCGCCCGGACCCCAGGCGCCAGCCCGCCGCCCGCGCCUAUAUAGGGGCCGGGGUCGGCGCCAGCCCGGGACGCGCCCGCUCCGCUCCCUCCUUCCGCGCUGACUCGCCUCGCCCGCGCCAGGUAUGGCCCCCAGCACCGUGGCCGUGGAGCUGCUGAGCCCCAAAGAGAAAAACCGACUGCGGAAGCCGGUGGUGGAGAAGAUGCGCCGCGACCGCAUCAACAGCAGCAUCGAGCAGCUGAAGUUGCUGCUGGAGCAGGAGUUCGCGCGCCACCAGCCCAACUCCAAGCUGGAGAAGGCCGACAUCCUGGAGAUGGCUGUCAGCUACCUGAAACACAGCAAAGCCUUCGCCGCCGCCGCCGGCCCGAAGAGCCUGCACCAGGACUACAGCGAGGGCUACUCGUGGUGCCUGCAGGAGGCCGUGCAGUUCCUGACGCUGCACGCGGCCAGCGACACGCAGAUGAAACUCCUCUACCACUUCCAGCGACCCGCGGCCGCGCCGGCCGCGCCGGCCAAGGAGCCCAAGGCGCCGGGCCCCGCGCCCGCGCCCACCCCCGCCAAGGCGGCCGCCGCUGCUGUGCGCCAGCCCGCCUGCGGCCUCUGGCGGCCUUGGUGACCCGCGGGAGCUGCGGACAGGCUGCCUGCCGGAAGGCCCAGAGGGCCAGCGCGAUCCCCUGGCCUGGGGAAGGGCCUUCCCGUAGUCUGUCCCGCCCGCCCCCUCCCCGGCUUGGACGGGCCCCUUCUCCGGAAGGCUCUCUCCCCAAGCUGGCGGGCCAGCAGGAGGAACAUUCUCAGAGAAUGUGCGCGCAGCGUCCUUGUUUAGAACAAUCAAGGCCCAUCUUCUGCCAAAUGUCUGACCCCAUGGGGUUGCUCUGUGUUUGCAUUUCAGCAAGUGACUUCUAGGAAGUCCCCACUGCCGGGUUCUAUGAUAUUUGUAGGCGGCGGGGCUCAGCCAGCCGGCACCCCACGCGUAGAGGGCUUUCUUCAGGUCCGGUGCUGCCCGGCCAGUGGGCCUGGCGCAGGCCGUGCCGUGGGCACAUUUGCCUUUUGUGAAGGCGAAACUCAAGGUGUAUCCUCAUAGGAAAGAAAGUGUCAGCCUGGAUGGGUGAGGACGGGCCAGGCAGAGCUGAGGCAGAGAGCCCUUGCACGUGCCUGGUUGUCUGGUGGGGUCUCAGUGGGCUGUGUGGGAAGGGUGGGGGUCUCCACCUCCCACAAAAAGAAUUUCUGUGUGGGUGGGUGCACAUGGGCACGAGUUGGUACUCAGAAUGUGAACUCUCCUUCACGUGGGAGCCACGGGACUGCUCUGCAGGCUUCUAAUAAAAUCUGACUAUUCAGCCCCUCCAUAGUCCGUCUCUUGUGCCUCACUCAUGUCCUUGGCAUCAGGCAGGCGGGGCUGCAGGGAUGAAGGGGAGUGGGCACUAUCGUGGUAUCAAGGACACAGGUGUCCUUACCAGGGACCCUCUAGACACAGGAAGAAUAGCCAGGCACCGGCUCAGGGACAGAGGGAGGGAAGAAAGAGAGAAGCUAGAAAUGAGAAGUGAGGGGACAAGUCAGGAGGCGGGGGGGGGGGGGGAGGGGAAGGACGAAGGGAGGAGAUUGGAGUGAGAGGCAGAGAAGCAGGGGAGAAGCAGGCUGGAAGCAGAGAGGGCCUUGUGGACACAUUAGCUUCCCUGGUGCAGUAGGAGGGGAUGAGAGACCUGGGUUGCCGCCCUAAACCUCUGGCUAGCUCCUGCAGUGGGGAGGGGGGUAAAUGA